AUGUUGGUACUCAAUGUAUAUAGAUACCAUGUUAUGGGGAUUUUCUUGAAGCUUAUUUUAAAGCCAAGUGAUGUAGUACUGCAUGAUUUUGCAAGCAAUGCACUCAAGUCUCUUUCUAAGAAUGUUGAAUUCACCAAAUGUUUUUUUUUUGUAAUAUGGUCUUGUUUAACUUAUAUGCAUAUGUCAGCUAUCAAAACAGUUAUCCCAUUCAAAGUCACUGAACUGGAUGUUGGACAAAACGUCUUGGCCACAAUAUCAAUACACAGAUCUUUAAAUAAAGAUAUCUCAUCCGAGCGUAUCAGAAGACAAAGGUUCGCCCAAAAAAAAUUGCACUCGCUUUCUAUCUAG